AUGACGCUAUUGUGUUCAAUCAGCGGCGCUCAGCCUCAAGAGCCGUGCCUGAGCAAAACCGGCUACGUUUUCGAAAGAAGGCUGAUAGAGAAACACCUGGAAGAGUCUCCAGUGUGCCCAGUCACAGGAGAACCACUCAGCAAGGAUGAUUUAAUGAACAUCAAGAAUCCAAACAAACUCAGUGAGCCAGGUGAUGGCAUAAACGGGUCCCAGAAGCAUGAUGGUCCAAAAGGAUAUAAUUCCUAUGAAUACAAGAAGUCAGGAGAAGAAUCGUUUGAACUGGAAUUACUCUCGUGUGGGCAUUUUGAACUUGAAAGAUUUUCUUUACCAACUGUUCCUUUAUCAAGACUUUAUACGUACUGGACCAUAAAUGGAAGUACUCUCUUGGCAGUACGGGUUAUAACCACCAAAAAUAAAGUAUAUUACUCCACAGCCACUAACAGAAAUAUAACAAAGGAUAGCAAGUUUGAUGAGUUUGUAGAAAAUGGAAAGGAGAGACUCACUAAUCAGGAUCUCAAGGUUAUCCUACAAAAGGUGGAAACCAGUACUGAGCUUGACUAUGAAACUCUCCCUAAAGACAUAAGAGAGAAGUUUUGGAGGAAAAAUGAUGCUACUGUAUGUAUUAAUAGGCAUCCUGGAGAUGGAGUAAUUAAGCCAGACGGUAAUGGAGGAUACUACUAUACCAAUGAAGUUGGUGAAAGAGUUAACCUAACAGUGGAAAGUUACCCUGAUAGAGAUAGCUCAUACACUAAAAUUACACAUACUCCAGAAAAUGGUGAGCUUGGGACUAUAAAACAUGGUAGAGGUCUUCAGUUAUUAAGACCGGAACCAACAGAUGAAUCCAGUGUUUCCAUCUACUAUUGGAAAUAUGACACUAGUCAUGAAAAUGUUCUCCUAAUUCAGCUUUCUGGAGAGAAUAACUAUUACACUACUACUAACGGUUUUCGUUGGAAUAAUGAUGGGAGUAUAAGCACUGUUACUUUACAGGAGAACCUCGAUAAACAGAACUGUUUGAGGAAUCGCGCCCAUACUGUGGAUAUUGAGCGGAAACAACAGUAUUAUUGUCCUGGUUGUAAAUCUCAACAAUUUGAAGCAACUUCAAGAGAUCAACAAAAUUACUAUUUGCAUGGUGUAGUCAAUAAACAAUCUUUUAUUUCCAGAUUCUUUGAAGGUAGUAGAGAACAAACUGGAUUCCAAUUUAUAACCGGUGUAAGCAAUAUAUAUGUUUAUUGGUCUGAGGAUGGUAAUAGUAAACCCUUCCUCAUCUACUUCUUUAUUGGAGGUUCUAGACAUUGGUAUAUAAGGUAUUUUGGAGAUACUCACUGGGAAGAAGAAAAGAGCCUGAGUACAAAAGGUCCGCAAUAUUUAGAUGCUGAUUAUCCUUCCAACAUCCAGAACCUCCUCAAGAAGUAUGCUACACCUAAAGUAAUUUUAGACGCUUCUAAGACAGAAACUACUGAGGCAACGUAUAAUCCAAGAAGAAAUACCCUAACGUUCAAUGUUUCCGAGAACACUGUUGAGCAAUCUUACGCUCGGUAUACCCACUCUAGAUAUGACGGUGAAAAUAGAUUUAGGCUAAAAGAUAUUGAACAUAAAGGGAAAUUACUUGGUAUAAAAUCUGAGGAUCCUCUAACCGAGAUAUCUAUAUUCUAUUGGAAUGGUGAUGCUCAGCAUGAUAAACCGCUAUUGGUAGAACUUGUUUGCGAGAACAGGUACACCUACUACAGAAAGGCUCGUUUUUACGCAAAUACUUGGACAGAGCUUGUUAGAACUGGUCAACUUGAAGGUGAAAAACUGAAGAUUACACUUGAUGACCUGAGGAUUAUACACUUUCCUGAUCCAUCCUCCGACGUCGUUACUAUAGUUGGAGCAUCUCUUGGAACUGUAGCUGAUGCUCCUGUAAAGCCGAGGCCUGUGACUGCCAGUAGUAUCCCGGGUCUUUUGUCUCUACUUCAAAGCGAAUGGGAUGCAAUGGCAUUGGAAACCUACAAUCUUAGAUCUCAUGUAGAUUCGGUUCGCAAGCAAUUGAGUUAUUCGCUUUACCAGCACGAUGCUGCGACUAGAGUGAUUGCUCGUUUAAUAAAACAGAGGGACAAGGCGAUUGAGGAAGUUGAGGCUCUUCAGCAACAGCUUUUGCAAUUUAGGGCGAAUUAUGAUGUCACAUCCCUAGAGACUGGACUAGACGAAGACGCCUUAUCUCGUAUUCAUGAACUUGCAAAAGUCUUACUCGGUGAACGCAAAAAGCGUGAUUUGUCGGGAUACACAAGCUAUGAUAAACUAUCAGAAUACACUUGUAGAGGUGACUUUAGGCUACAUUCCUCUGCUACACCAGGGAUUUUAUCAAUUUCAAUUGACAAGAGUAAACAAUCGCAAAGCCUAAGUGACAGCUUCUGUUUUACUGGAGGAGCGGACGGAAAUGUAGUCUAUUUUGACUUGGGUUCAGGGAGAACAAUUUGUACACUAAACGGUCACAUGAAGGCUGUUAAUGCUGUAGAAUCGCACUUUGCAGAUAGCAUUGUCUUGUCCGGUUCGUCUGACACAACUGUACGUGUCUGGCGUCAGUUUGAUGAUUCCUACAAAACUGCCUACGUACUAAAGCAUCACAAGGCUCCAGUAACAUCGCUAUCUCUACACCCAUCUGGUGAAUAUGCUCUAUCGGUCUCAAGCGAUGGUGUUUGGGGAAUGUUCUCAGUUGACUCUGGAAAGGUGACAAAAAUGCUCAGGAACGUCCCAUCCGUUUGUAAGACUGUAAAAUAUCAUCCGGAUGGUAUGAUCGCAGCUGGAGCUGCUCAAGAUGGUGGGAUUUACAUUUGGGACAUUAGAGAUGCAGCAGCUAAAGAACCUAUCCACGCUGACGUCCCUGCGGACUCAGCUUGUACGUCCCUUUCAUUUAGUGAAAAUGGCUAUCAUUUAGCUUCUGUAACGUCAAACGGAUCGUUACUUUUGUGGGACCUCAGAAAGGCUCAAGUAUUUGCAUCUGCAGACUGUAAUGUUGACCCCAAGGUUGUACAGUUUGAUCAUUCUGGUUUCUACCUUGGAGUUGGGUCAACAAAGGUGGAGCUUUUCCGUCUUCACGACAAGACAAACGUCUCUCCAGCGGGACUGCUGGAAGACCACUCUGGAAAUGUCACAGAUGUUGCAUUUGGAGCGUUUUCACAGUUUGUACUCACAUCAUGCACGGAUCGUUCAUUGAGGCUUUAUUAUUAGUAUUCUUUUGCAAUAAACACUCAGGUAGGUAUUGGUGUAUGCAUACGCACCUCUUUUGGUCUCAAGGUACGUUUGUAUUUUGAACACCCAGAGGUGCUAAACUAAUAAUCUUUAAAAUUCAUCUGGUGCUAUACCAUAUGAAAGAGGCAGAUUUACACCCUUUUUACUUUUAAAACAUUUAAAUACAGAAAGAUUCACAUAAUGCACUCUU